CAAGAUCCGCUUCGUGUCUCGACCCCAAAAAUUUUAUGAUGAUUCGAAAGGUUUGGAGGUAUUCGCAGUUUAUUCUUUAACUUUGAAGAAAUGUUUGCUUUCCUGAAGUUGGACAACUGACAAUUAAACGUAUCAUGCUGAGACAGAAACGACAAUUAUAUAAAAAUUAUCCUAUAUAAGUAGGAGAUGAAGUCUUCUGUUGGAAGUGUUGAAAACAAACUUUCCGGCAACGCCAACGAGCAUAUGCUUCUUUACUGAUGAUUCUAGCUUGACGUCGAUUAACGUCUGAAAAGCUGUUGUGAGAUUGUUGAUCACUUCGUAACAAGUUGCAAGGAAAGUGAAGGAGCCUCCAGUUUUGCAAUGUCAAACUUAAUUUACUCCUUGGUGUUUUUGCUUGGUGUCUCAAAGUUCGGAAAAUGUGAUAAAUGUAUACUGCCCAUGGAUUUGGCGAUUCUGGCAGAUAUAUCACAGAGUCUAAGAGGUGAAGAUCUCACAAAACUGAGAGAAAUCAUUCACGAUUUAGUAGACAGAGUGGGUGUGUCUGAAAGAGGAACUCACUUUGCUGUUAUCACGUUUGGCGGGAAUACGAGUGUUGUAAACAACUUUGCCAACAGCACUUACUAUGACGCAAGUUACUUGAAGACACGUGUAACUGAGGCACUGCGUAGAAACUCGAGACGCGAGGGAACUCGUACAGAUAUGGCACAACGCCAGGCAGCGACAAAGCUCUUUACCACUGAAGGUGGAGACAGAGCCGGUGUCAGAAAUGUGAUGUUCAUCUUUACCGACGGAAAGUUUUAUAUCAGCAAGCGAUGGGAUAGACGACCCAAUAUUACGCUUUUAAACACCACGAGAGAAUUGGAGAAAAAAGAUGUGAGAAUCAUAGUUGUUGGAAUUGGCCGAGAUGUGUCGGAGGAAAAGAUGAGGAAAGCAGCCGGCAGCAAGGGACAAGUGAUCACACGUCAGAGUUAUUAUGAAUUGUCCGAGAGUCUUGAUGAGCUGGUCGACGAAAUAUGCAUACCAAGAGAUGGGAACUACUCUGACUGGUCAGAGUCUGAGUGCAGUGUGACGUGUGGCGGAGGAACAAAGACUCUUACGAGGACCUGUACCAGUCCCCCACCGGCCAAUGGUGGAAGGGACUGCACUAGAUUGGGACCAGCAUCAAAAAAUGUUCCCUGCAAUGAAUAUGAAUGCACAAUAUGCCCCAUGGAUGUGGCAUUUAUCAUGGACUCUUCCGGAAGCAUUAAAAGAGCGGAAUUCUAUGAUGAAAAAGAGCUCGUCAAGAGGCUGGUGGCGCGCGUGACAGCAACUGCCAACCGAGAAGCUCUAAUUAUGUUCAGUUCAUCAGCGACUGUCAAAGCGCAAUUGGGACAGUACGAUAAUGCGGAAAAAUACCUGGAGGUCAUACAAAAAUUGCGAAAAACAAACGAGAGAUCUCGAAUCGAUAGGGCUCUAGAUGUGGCGGUCAAUAAGGUGUUCUCAUCUGCAAGACCCUAUGCAUAUAAGAUUGCAGUCAUUCUAAGUGAUGGCGUACAAUCAAGAGGAGCCAGAGGCUUGAGGGACAGUUCCAGGCCCUUACGACAAGCAAACGUUCGUAUAUUAGCGGUAGGGAUUGGAACUGGUAUGACGAAAAAUAGAUUGAGGCUUAUGACAGAAAAUGACGACGAUGUUGUGGAUGUGAAAGAUAUUGAUGGAUAUCUGCAGGAUAUAAUGAACAAUGUUUAUCAAAAUCCUUGCGGCGCUGUGCUUCAACCAGAACCUGGAAACAUCUUUUCUAGAGAAUGCGCAGACCAUCCUUCCUACGCAACAAAUUGUGCUAUGAAAGCAACAGAGCGCAUGUGUUGGGACCAUCCAGAUUUUAUGGACAUUUACUGUCCUAAGUCAUGUGAACGCUGCUAAUGAGCAGUACAAAGGAAUGAAGCCCAAAUCAAACUCAAGAUUUACUUAAUCACGCUCAUUACUUCAUUACACAGGACUUUUAUUUUAUUGUGAUGAAUAAUCAAUUCAGUCGCUAAAGCUGAAUAAAGUAAAAAAAUGGAACGAAACGUUCAGUUGAUCAGUCAAUAAAGAGAAUUAGCAAAAACUAGAUUAUUCUUUACUUAUCUAUGAAUAAAAUUAAUUACUGUCCCUCUGUCUUAUUUUAGACUCUCGUGUCCAAUUUGUAAACUUGCGUACUUGUGCACUGGUGUCAGAUUUAAGACACCAUAGUACAAUUUUAGACUCUAGUUAGUGUCUAUUUUAGACACUUUAGUCUCGGUCACAUGCUGAGACAGGAAUGUCACUCAAAAUAGAAAAUUAAAUUAUUGUUCUUCUGUCUUUCGAUAUGCAUUUGCAAGUUUUUUUUAACUGUGCGUCCCUAAGCAAAAUCUGGGAAACACGGGAAUUAAUGACGCUGUGUGUUUUAUGCAAAAAGUAUUUCUACAGAAAUGCACCUAC